CCUCCGCCAUCUUGCCGUUCCCUCCCUCAGUGUGGCAGGAUUGAAUGAGCGCGCGGUUUGCUCGUCCCGCGAAGCUAGCGCCAUGUCCGGCACCCCGAGCCGCGCCGCCGCUGGCGGGACCCCGCUCUCCCCCGCCCGCAUCUCCCGGCUGCAAGAGAAGGAGGAGCUGCGGCAGCUCAAUGACCGCCUUGCCGUCUACAUCGACCGGGUGCGGGCGCUGGAGCUGGAGAACGACCGGUUACUGCUGAAGAUUUCCGAGAAGGAGGAGGUCACCACCCGGGAGGUGAGUGGAGUCAAGACCCUCUAUGAAUCUGAACUGGCUGAUGCCCGAAGAGUUCUGGAUGAGACGGCAAGAGAGAGGGCAAAACUGCAGAUUGAAAUAGGAAAGCUAAGAGCAGAACUUGAUGAGAUCAAUAAGAACUACAAAAAGAAAGAUGCAGAUUUGUCCGUGGCUCAAAGUCGCAUUAAGGAUCUUGAAGCCCUGUUCCAUAGAAGUGAAGCAGAACUCAGUACUGCUCUUAAUGAGAAGCGCAGUUUGGAAGCAGAGGUUGCUGACCUGCGGACCCAGCUUGCUAAGGCAGAAGAUGGUCAUGCUGUGGCUAAGAAGCAAUUGGAAAAGGAGACAUUGAUGCGGGUGGACUUGGAGAAUCGCUGCCAGAGCUUACAAGAGGACCUGGAUUUCCGGAAGAACAUAUUUGAGGAGGAAGUAAGAGAGACAAGGAAACGGCAUGAGCACCGUUUAGUUGAGAUAGACAGCAGUCACCGGCAGGAGUAUGAAUCCAAAAUGGCCCAGGCCCUGCAGGAUCUGCGCAAUCAACAUGAUGAACAAGUCAAACUGUACAAAAUGGAGCUGGAACAGACCUAUCAGGCCAAGUUGGAGAAUGCCAAACUGUCCUCUGACCAAAAUGACAAAGCUGCCAGCGCUGCCCGGGAGGAACUGAAGGACGCUCGCAUGAGGAUAGAGUCUCUCAGCUACCAGCUUUCUGGCUUGCAAAAACAGGCUAGUGUUGCAGAAGAUCGUAUUCGGGAACUGGAGGAUAUGAUGGCUGGUGAGCAGGACAGGUUCAGGAAGAUGCUAGAUGCCAAGGAAAGGGAAAUGAUGGAAAUGAGGGACCAGAUGCAGCAGCAGCUUGCAGAAUACCAGGAACUGCUUGAUGUCAAAUUAGCGCUGGACAUGGAGAUCAGUGCCUACCGAAAACUUCUGGAGGGUGAGGAAAAGAGAUUGAAGCUGUCUCCAAGCCCGUCCUCCCGUGUUACAGUCUCCAAGGCUACCUCCAGCAGCAGUAGCACCAGCACUUCGGUUGUUCGCUCUUCUCGAGGCAAGAGAAAACGGGUUGAAGCAGAGGAGCUUUCAGGCAGUGGUACAAGUGGAAUUGGCACUGGGAGUAGUAGUGGUAGCACCAGCGGUAGCAGCAGUAGUUUCCAAAUGUCCCAGCAAGCCUCAGCCACAGGACACAUCAGCAUAGAAGAGAUAGACCUGGAGGGAAAAUAUGUUCAACUUAAGAACAACUCUGAGAAGGACCAGUCUCUGGGUAACUGGAGACUGAAGAGACAAAUUGGAGAUGCGGAAGAAAUUGCUUAUAAAUUUACUCCAAAGUAUGUCCUCAGGGCUGGGCAAACUGUUACAAUCUGGGCUGCAGAUGCAGGUGUGACUCAUAGCCCCCCUUCUGUCCUUGUGUGGAAGAAUCAGAGCAGCUGGGGCACUGGAGGAGACAUCCGCACAUAUCUGGUGAACUCUGAUGGAGAGGAAGUUGCAGUAAGAAGCAUCACAAAAUCAGUUGUGGUGCGGGAGAAUGAGGAGGAGGAUGAAGCAGAGUUUGGAGAAGAGGAUCUCUUUCACCAGCAGGUUCCUGUAAAGGAUGUGCCAAAGAGAGCAUUCUGCAAUCCCUGCUCCUGAGCUCUUAACUUCAGGAACUGAUGUACCCUUUUGGGCCCCACAAGAUGCACUGGAGGCAGUGACUGCUGACAGGUCAGGGUGCCAUAGACUUUAGGACAUAAUCCUGGUGCUAAUGGAUUUGCAACAGCAGGAGUGUUUCUGAAAAAAGCCGUGAAGGUUGGUGAUAGUGUAAACUCCAUAGAACAAAGAAAAAUCUUUAUUGCCCUGUAGUUUCCUAUUGCUGCUCUUCAACAGCUGUAUGAAAUAAGAGCGGGGAAAUUGUGUGAUCAGUGAUUCCCACAAGCCUGUGCUGCCUUCCCUACUAGCAGGGCUAGCACUAAUGUCUGUAGCAUUCUUGCUCUAAAGAGACAGAAGAUAUUCUGAAAAAUAUGGCAGUUAAUUACAGGAAAAUGGACAAUCCUGUUCCCACUAUGGCAGCUGGGCUUUGCUGGUGUGUUUGCCUGCAGGAUACAAAUGUUACACAAUAAAUACACCUGGCUGACCUUGUUACGAUCACCUUUUAUGUAAAUUCCAAUGCUUUAGAAUGAGUAUCAGAGAAUGAAUGGCCAGCAGCUAGUAGAGCUGACAGAGGUCACUUUCAAACUACUGUAAACUGUUGCCAUAUAUUCAGAUUUGAUCAGUGGCCAUUAGUAGCCUCUUUCACAAUGAACUCAACAGGCUAGGCCAAUGCAAUUUUAAAAUCAACUUCUGGAUAUUUUUGGUUUCAAGGAAAUUGAAUUCAGAGAGUGGAAGAAUCUGAAAACAAAUACACAGUGUUGUGUGUUUUGUAUCCAUAGAAGCAUGGUGCCAGGAUACAGCUCUGUGCCACAUAUCUGGUCGAGCUUCAUUGGUGUGUGUUUGUGCAUUAUUACAGACUGCAUUUAGAGGAAGGAUAAUACAGUUCUAAAGAUGACUCAAUAUCACACUUCUUCCCUUCUCUCUGCCAGUGUGGAAUAUUAGCAGGGAACUCUGCCAACACUGCUUCUUGCCAUACUCCCAACACGUUUAGUGAUAGCCCCGACUGGGGGUUUAUCUGGAUUAGGAGAAAGAUGUUUUUUAAACCAGUAUGAUACCUGAGACUAGGUUACAACAGGACCAGCUAACAAGUUUGCAGAGGUGUUAAACUGUCUGCACUAGGUGCCAAAUUGUGUUUCAAGUCAUACUAGCUAACUUGAGUUAUCUUUUGUACUAGUCAAGACAGGACAUGAGGUGCUUGUGGCCUGCUAUCAUUGUACUGUGCACUAACUAAUUUCUUUGUUC